GCGGGAUUCCCGGCGUGGCCCCGCCCCAGCGCCUCGACAGUGUCCGGGAUACGGGACUGGAGCCCCCGGGACCGGGAUCGCCGUGUGGGGACACCGUGCUGUGCGCAUGGCCGGGGCCCACUCAUCGCCGGCCAGUCAUGGGGUGUUGACUCUGCGCAUUCCUUCCCAGCCGAGCCCGCCGCCGCCGGUCAUUACGCGGGGCUGACGCGGCUGUCCCACUCCGGGGCCGCUCUGCUGGGCUCCAGCUGCUGAUAAAUUCGGGGACUUUGAGGAGGUGGGAGAGGUCACCCUUGGCGACCGGCCCCGCUUGGGAACGGAGGUGUGGAUUAAUGCCGGUCCUGAUUUGGGGAUAAAGGCAUCAAGGUCUGCCCAGGUCUCAGCUCUCCCCAAGGCAACACCAGGACUCAGCCUGAGCCCACCAGCCACCAUGGCAUCGGUGUGGUCCUGCCGGGUCCUCCUGCUGCUCCUGCCUGCCCUGGCCCAUGCUGGGGGGCCCGGUCCUGUCCUCGUCAACCGCCCCUUUGUCACCAUCUGGAACAUCCCCACCGAGAACUGUGCCAAGAAGUACAACGUCACCCUCAACCUGGAGGUCUUUGAUGUGUUGGCCAAUGACCAUCAGUCCUUCACUGGGCAGGACAUCACUCUCUUCUACAGCAACAAGAUCGGUCUCUUCCCCUACUACACAUCUGAUGGGGUGCCAGUGAACGGGGGGCUCCCCCAAAAUGCCAGCCUGGAGACUCACAUCCACCAGGCCACCCAGGACAUCAAGGUGGCCCUGCCCAACCCUGACUAUGGUGGGCUGGCUGUCAUCGACUGGGAGAAGUGGCGCCCACUGUGGAUCCGCAACUGGGACUCCAUGGAGAUCUACCAGCAGAAGUCAGAGGAGCUGGUGCAGCAGCAGCACCCACAGUGGCCUCCCAAGGAGGUGGAGGAGAUGGCCAAGCAGCAGUUUGAGGAGAGUGCUCGCGAUUUCAUGAACAAGACCUUGUGGCUGGGUGAGAGCCUCCAUCCCAGUGCCUACUGGGGUUUCUAUGGUUUCCCUGACUGCUACAACAAUGAUUUUGAUAGCCUGCCCUACAAUGGGACAUGCCCAGAGGUGGAGCAGCAGAGGAACAAGAAUCUGUUGUGGCUCUGGAAGAGCAGCCGGGUGCUCUACCCCAGCAUCUACCUGCCCCUCUGCCUCAAUGGCACCAACAAGGUGCUCGCCUACGUCCGGCACCGCGUGGCCGAGGCUUUCGCUGUCCAGCGUGGAAUCCUUGACAGUGGCAUCCCCGUCCUGCCCUACUCCCAGAUCGCCUUCGAGCGCACCGUGGACUUCCUUUCCCAGGAGGACCUGAUGAACACCAUCGGGGAGAGUGCGGCUCAGGGCGCUGCUGGCAUCAUCCUCUGGGGCAGCCUGGACUACAGCACCUCCAAGGAGAUCUGCCUGAGGCUGAAGGACUACGUGGAGGGGCCCCUGGGCCACUACAUCGUCAAUGUGACGGCCAGCGCUGACCUGUGCAGCCAGACCCUGUGCUCCGGCCAGGGCCGCUGCGUGCGCCAGGGCAACCAGCAGGGCUACCUCCACCUCGACCCCUCCCGCUUCACCAUCGACCUGCACUCUGGCAAGCCCUGGCUGGUGGCUCAGAGCCUGGAGCCUGGGGAGGACAUCUCCAAACUGGCCAAGGAGUUCAGCUGCCAGUGCUACGACAAGUGGCAGGGACCCCGCUGUGACACCCUGGGCUUUGCCAAGUGACCCCUCCCACAAUCCUCGCACUGUGGGAACACUGGGGCAGAUGGGGUGACGCUACCUCAGCACCCUUGCCAUGGGGUUGAGAACCUGGCUGUGGGGCUGUUAAUAAAACCAGAAAGCACCAGCAAGCA